UAUUUAAAAAAAACUUUUUAAGUGAGGAACCAAGCGACUGGUUGGAGCAGGUCAGCUCUGCUCCGCUUUCUAGACUCCAGAGGCUGGUUCAGCUCCUUGGAGGACAAGGGGUAGCUUUAGAACUAUCUGGUGUAGACGCUAAACCACCUCCAGCUCUAUACUUCUCCAGGAUGGGUUCUGGGGCUGGAUAUUAUUACUCUGGGUUGGGAGGAGAGGACUGUUAUUAUCUGGUUCUAGGAGAUUCAAUGAAGGUUCAAGGAUUCAUUGAUCAGACCGUGGAUAUUCUGCAAGAACGAGUCCGUUCCAAUCCUAUUCCUGUUGUUACUGAGCUAAACCAGGAAGAAGAAGAACUUCUGAUGAAGCAAAUCAAGAUUCAGGGUUCUGAAGAAACUAUUUCUGUAUUAUCCUUCCAACUGGCCCAGGAUGAAAAAGGUAAGUUUUUUUUGGCGCUAAACGUAACUAAAACGUUUAAAAUUACCUGAAACCCAAAUAUUGUA